AUGGUGUGGGAUGCGACCGGGGGAAGUUUCUCUGUCAAUCUCCGAUCUUAUCAUUAUUCUCUUGGCAUUCUGCACGCCCAUACUUUUGCAGCUUUCGACACAUCAAAGGGUCCUUGGGGUACACAAAGUACUACCCAUCACUGUUACUUGGCGAGUGCCACACCGUUCUUCCAUAUUUUGGAUAAAGGGCAUUUGCAGUUAUCUCGUUACCUUGUCGGAUUCAUCACCAAGAAGUGGGCUGCAUCUAUGGGUAUUUCGCAGGUCAGCUCCUCGCUGCCGUCUGACACUGAAAAUUCCAUCCAAAUUCGGCUCACAGAUGCUAAAUCUCCCCCUUCAAUCCUUUCCGCAUCUUUAUGUGCCUGUCUCCAAAGAAUUCAACCUCACUUUUCACUAUCGCAUCUUACUGCCCGCACAUCUGCAUCGUGCAUGGAAAGCGACUCAACCUUAAACCCCGAAAUAUGGGUCGCGACAACUUUACCUUCUUUGGGCACGGUCGCACAAACCAUCCAUCUUCUCAAUGCAUGGGAAGCAUACUUUCGCGAGUUUCCUAUGUGGAGAACAGUGGCCUUCUUUCGACUCACAACAUACGUGAAUUUUGACCAAGAGGAAAUGAAAGAAUUCAUCAUGGCGUUUGAUUGGCAAAGAAAUUCAUGCAUGAAGAAUUUGCUGGCCGAUGAAUAUUCAACGGCCCUACAUCAACAAUCUUUUCUUAGAACCCAUGUUCUUCUCCUGUCAAAGGGGGCGCCUCUCUCUGCACAUCCGGGAAAACAAUGCUUAUAUUUUCGAUAG